UCUAAUUUCUCUUGCUCCACAGCUGCAAUCUCCCUCCCAUGUGAACAUGCAACUUCUCUGUUACUUAUCUCAGAAAUGACGAGCACCAGUUCUCCUCAUUUCUUUUCGUUGUCUAUUAAGUUUGAGUUCCCCAUUUCAACUUCAAACCCUCGACUAAAUCAUGAUAAGAUUUUCUCAUCCAUUUCUUUCAGAAAUAUACAUACUCCGUGUAAAUUCAUAAGCUCACACCCAAAACCUAGGUUUUAUCUCAAUGAAUCACAUCGAUGUCAUCUGAGUUUAAAUGCUUCUUCUUCAAUUGAUCCUAUUGAAGAAGAUAAGACAACAACGGCGAACUCUGAUGUUCAAUUACAGAGCUGCACUUGGAAUUGGCGGGAUUAUUCUAUUCGCUAUCAGGUUUCAGGAAACACUGGACCUGCAUUGGUUCUAAUUCAUGGAUUUGGAGCAAACAGUGACCAUUGGAGGAAAAAUAUCCCAGUCCUUGCAAAGUCGCAUAGGGUAUACGCAAUUGAUCUUAUUGGUUAUGGUUACUCAGACAAACCAAAUCCGCGUGAAUUCGGGGACAAGUCCUUUUACACAUUUGAAACUUGGGCUAAUCAGAUAAAUGAAUUUUGCACUGAUGUGAUCAAAGAUGAAGCAUUCUUCAUAUGCAACUCAAUCGGAGGUCUUGUUGGUCUUCAGGCUGCAGUCAUGGAACCUCAGAUCUGUAAGGGAAUUGUCCUUCUGAAUAUUUCCCUGAGGAUGCUUCACAUUAAGAAACAACCUUGGUUUGGUAGACCUUUUAUCAGAUCAUUUCAGAAUUUGUUAAGAAACACUUCUGUAGGGAAAUUCUUCUUCGAAGCUGUUGCAACACCGCAAUCGGUCAAAAAUAUUCUUUGCCAGUGCUAUCACGAUACCUCACAAGUAACAGAUGAAUUAGUUGAAAAGAUCCUGCUUCCGGGUUUGGAACCUGGUGCUGUUGAUGUAUUUCUUGAGUUCAUUUGCUACUCAGAUGGUCCUCUACCUGAGGAAUUACUCCCUCAAGUGAAGUGCCCUGUUUUGGUGGGUUGGGGUGAUAAGGAUCCAUGGGAACCCAUCGAUCUUGGGAGAGCAUAUGGAGAUUUUGACACCGUAGAAGAUUUCGUUGUCCUUUCAGAUGUGGGGCACUGUCCGCAGGAUGAGGCGCCACAACUUGUGAACCCGCUAGUUGAAUUGUUUGUGGCACGCCAUGCUCCAACAAAAGCCAGUGCUUCUGUUGUUUGACCCAUCCUAUUAUUUGGUAAGUAAUGUGAUUCAUUACUUCAGAAAAUGAUUUUCAACUUUAUGUCAAACAAAGCCUUCUUUUCCCCUCAGCUUAUUUGGAAAGUUAGUCUGUCAAAUAUAUGUGCUAUAUUUGUUUAUAAAGGCAUUUGAACAUGAGGCUUGAUUCAAAUUGGGAAUAAAGACAUACUAAUUGAAAAUAAGAACUUCUAAAAAGAGUUGAGCCUUGUGUCAGCAUGUUACCAAUGAAUUGUCAACUGAUGAAUUUCUCCUUCAAUAUCAAAACAGAAAGACACAAGUCAAAAUAAAACUAAGUGUUGAGACU